AUGCGUUUCCUUUCCGUCCUCGGCUUCGCGGCCGCGGCCGUCGCCCAGUUGACUUCGACGUCCCUCGAGAAGCACGUCGACUCGGCCACCCUCAGCAAGUCCUUCAACCCAAUCAAGGAGGCUUACUGGACCGGCUACCCCCACCACCGCCGCACCCCGUUCGCCGUCUCCCCCGACGGCAAGUCGGCCUGGCUCGCGUACCUCGACUCUUCCGAGACGGGCGUCCACGUCCAGCAGAUCGACCCCACCACCUUCGCCGCCACCGGUGAGCCCAUUACUAUUCCGGGCGGUAAGGAGGCCGGCGGUCUCGUCGCCCACAAUGACGGGUUCGCCAUCCUGACCAACGAGCUCCUUUCCGGCGGCCCUGUUGACACGCCCAUCGCCGUCCUCUACCGCUUCACCGCCGGCAAGCAGACCUUCAAGACCCCGCUCGGCGGCCCCAACGUCGACGGCAGCCAGGCCAUGGCUUCCCCCGACAUCAACGGUGACCUCGUCUUCUCUGAGAAGGCCGGUUACUACGCCGCUUACAUUGUCGUGACCGCCUACGAGGGUGAGGCCACGGGCCAUUUUGGCGACGCCAUCCGCUACGUCGACACCGCCGGAAAACUCACCAAUAUCCCCGGUGCUUCCUCCUCCUGGGGCUGCUCCCACAACACUGGCAUCGCCUUCGAGGCCGCCGACGCCGCGCCCUUCGCCUCCCUGUGCGCCGAGGACCAGGGUGCCAUCUGGCUGAACACCAAGACCCAGGGCAUGACCAACGACGGCGUCAAGGUCUCCAACGAGCACGUCAUCAACGGCGGCGCCAACGAGGCCAUGGGCGGCAUGUCAGGCUCCUACAGUGUCCUGGCCCGCUUCAUCGGCGCCGACUCGUACAUCUUCUCCUGGGUCUCCCGCGGCGCCAAGGACCUGACCCUCAACGCCUGGAUGGGCCAGGGCUACACCACGUCCGUCAACCGCACCAGCAACCGCAACGUCGCCAUCGCCCUCUUCUCGGACAAGGAGACUCUCGUCGGGGAUCAGGCCACCUCCGAGGUCGGGGCCGCCAACGGCGACAGCCAGAUCAACUGGGUCACCUCUGGUGCCAACGACUGCUCCAACGCCCACGCCGCCGCGUUCGACAGCUCCAAGGCCCUCGUCACCUGGGAGGAGAUCUCCAACCCCAUCUGCGACUUCGACGCCAUGGGUUGCCGCGGUGCCUUUGCCGGCACCAAGUUCCAGAUGGUCGGUAGCGACGGCAAGAAGCUCGGCGACGUCAUCAGCUCCGACGACACCUACGUCGCCGGUGACAUGGUCACCAUGUCCGACGGCCGCAUCUGCUGGCCCUACGUCGCUAUGGACUGGAAGCUCGACGGCCCCGUCCAGGGCUCUCCCGUGUCCAAGAUUUCCUUCGCCUGCAUGAGCGGUGGCACAGGCAACGGCGGCAGCUCUUCUUCUGCGGCUCCUUCGUCCGCUGCCCCUGCUUCCAGUGCCGCCCCUGUCGCCUCUUCCGCCGAGCCCGCCACCACCGAUGCCGUUGAGGCUGUUGCCUCCAUCAGUGCCGGCGCCGUCGACCCUACGUUUACUCCCGGCGAAACCCCCCAGCCCAUCUUCGUGACUCUUUCCGGCCCCGCCUUCACGCCCACCGCCUCACUUCCGGCCGCGUCCUCCGCCGCUCCCACCUCCGAAGCCGCGGCCGUUCCCUUCGAGUCUCCCGCUGCUUCCAGCGUCGCGUCUGUGUCGGUGCCCGCCGGCGCUCCCACACCUAUCUUCGAGACUCUAUCUCAGGACCCCGUGGCCUCCUCGGCCGCGCCAUCUGCCAGCGCUCCCGCUGAGGAUCUCGUGUCUUCUCCUUCCACUUCCGUGUCGGCUCCCGCUGGCGCUCCCACCCCCAUCUUCGAGACCUUGUCCCAGGACCCCGUUGCUUCCUCGGCCGCGCCGUCUGCCAGCGCUCCCGCUGAGGAUCUCGUGUCUUCCCCUUCCACUUCUGUAUCGGCUCCCGCUGGCGCUCCCACCCCCAUCUUCGAGACUCUGUCCCAGGACCCCGUGGCCUCCUCGGCUGUCCGCUCCGUCAGCGCUCCCGCCGAGAAUAUCGUGUCAUCUGCUUCCACUACUGUAUCGGCUCCCGCUGGCGCUCCCACCCCCAUCUUCGAGACCUUGUCUCAAGACCGCGCCGCCUCCUCGGCCGUUCCUUCGCAGACCACGAGCAAAAGCAGCACUCCCACCAGCGGCGCUGGCGGUUUCGGCAACGCACCCAGCCCUACCAAAUGCACCGGCCCCGACGGCCAGGAUAGCAGCACCCGCACAAGCAUCAGCAUCCGCACGAUUGUCACGACCGUAUACGUCACCGUAUAA